AUGGCCAGAGUUGAUGGGCUGAUUAGAGUUGGGGUUCCCAUUGCUGCUACUGGACAGCCGCUGUGUACUAACUGGGUAGGCACCAUCAGGCCACCAAGAGUUGUUCAUCAGCCACCGAGAGGCCAGAGUCAGGCUAGAGGUGGUAAUGGUUUGGACCGUGAUUGUGCCACGAAAAGGGUUAUACUGAGAAAUGCAAAAGACAGUGAGGUAGUCGUAAUUGGGGAAUAUUGGAACUACUUAUCAAAUGUGAUUUCUACAUUAAGGGUCGAAAAGUUGGUUCGUAAGGGAUGUGAGGCGUUUCUGGCUUACAUCAGUGUUUCAAAUUUCAGGGAUUCUUCGAUUAAGGAUAUCAAGAUGGUUAAGAAGGUUCUGAACAUUUUUCCUAAAGAGCUACCUCGGUUACCUCCGAAGCGUGAAGUAGAGUUUGGGAUUGAGCUCCUUUCUGGUACAGCUCCAGUGUCCAUCGCUUCUUAUAGAAUGGCACCAAAACAGAUUGUAGAGCUUAAGGCUCAGAUUCAAGAGCUAUUGGAUCGUGAGUUCAUCUGCCCUAGUGUGUCUCUGUGGAGAGCACCAGCUCUGUUUGUAAAAAAGAAGGAUGGAUCCAUGCUAACAUUUUUGGGACAUGGGGUUUCUGCUGAGGGGAUUAGAGUUGAUCCUCGAAAGAUUGAGGCUGUCUUGGAUUGUAAGAAGCCAAAGAUUGUAUCUGAGAUCCGUAGUUUUCUGGGACUGGCAGGGUAUUAUCAACAUUUUGUGGAGAGGUUUUCUUCGAUUGUCGUACCCUUGACUAAGCUAUUACGUAAGGAGUUUGGAAAUGAGUUUACUGUUUAUAGUGACGCAUCAUCUGUCAGUUUAGAUGUUGAGAGUGGGAAUACCAAGGAUUUUGGACUGAAUAGCGAAGGGGUGCUCUAUUUUUGUGGGAGAAUCUGUGUACUGAAAGAUACUGAAUUGAGGAAGUCUAUACUACGAGAGGCGCAUAGUAGCCCUUAUGCUAUGCAUCCUGGCGAAAAUAAGAUGUACCAUGACCUUCGUGAGUUAUAUUGGUGGCCAGGUCUUAAGCGAGAGGUCACUAAAUUUGUGGUUAAGUGUCUAACUUGCCAGCGGGUUAAAGCUGAGCAUCAGUUACCUUCGGGUUUGUUGCAGCUAGUCAAGAUUCUGCUUUGGAAGUGGGAGAGAGUGACUAUGGACUUCGUUAGUGGGUUACCCCUCACACAUACUAAGAAGGAUUCUGUAUUGGUCAUCGUGGAUCAAUUGAACAAGUCCACCCAUUUCAUUCCGGUUCGUACUGACUACUCUCUGCAGAAGCUGGCUAAAUUGUAUAUGUCUGAGAUAGUGAGAUUGCAUGGGGUACCGACUUCAAUUAUAUCUGAUAGGGAUCCUCGCUUCAUGUCUUGGUUUUGGAAGAAGUUACGUAAUGCUCUGGGUACAAGAUUAAACUUCAGUACUGCGUUCCAUCCUCAGACUGACGGUUAG